CUUGAGGAAAAGGCGCAAGAUCAUGAAAAAGAUGUGGCAGACGCUUGGAAUAUUCACCAGUGUCUGCGCAAUAUCUGAAAUAAUAUUCCAAAUUUAUAGAUAUCGACUGAAGAGAAGUUCAGUACGAAAGAAAACAAACAAAACUGAGGUUCUCUUUUUUCCUGACAAGAAAGUUGCCUGUAUUAAUUAUUUUACGUCAGAAUGUGAAAAUGAAAGUUGCUCAUUCAGCCACGAGGAAAACUCGCUGAGCAAACUUUUCCAGUUUAUACAUAAUGCAGUGAAAAGUGUGGACGUUUGUGUGUUUGUUUUCACCUGUACAGACCUGGCCGACCUGUUGAUACAGGCUGUGGGGAGAGGGGUGUCGGUGAGAGUUAUCACCGAUUGUGAACAGGUGGAUAUUCCAGGCUCACAGAUCUGGAGGCUUCGCAGUCAAGGUAUAGCUGUCAGGACAGAUAAUUCUUCCUUCUACAUGCAUCACAAGUUUGUGAUUAUAGACAAUACAAGACUACUGAAUGGAUCCUUUAACUGGACAAGACAAGCUGUAACAGGAAACCAAGAAAAUCUUUUGGUGACCUCUGAUUCUCAAUUAGUUUGUCUCUAUAAAGAAAGAUUUGCCAAACUAUGGAGACAGUACAAAACGAAGAAAGACCAGUGAUAUUGUGUGAAACCAUUUUGUAUGUACCCUGAGCAGAGUGCAAUCCAGCUGUUAAGGCAACCCUUUCCUAUGAAAAACAGAAAUACAAUUCAGUCAUGGAUGUGCAUGAAUUUUAUCGUGACAAUGGCAAUACAAGUAGUUUCUAGUAUAUACAUUUGAUAUUAAAGAUAAUACCUUGGAUUGAUCUCAUUACCUAAUGUCUGGUACAAGUCUAUUAUAAGAGACCAAAUUGCUCACCUGAUAGAGAAGUCUUUGCUAUUUUAAAAGGAAAACAAUCCUUUCACAUGUGAUAAUAAAGGAUAUAACAAUGCGA